CGUCAAGUAUGGAGUCUCAAUCCCAUUCCAAAGAGGUAAACAAAUAAAUAAAUACUUUUAUCAGAGCUUUCAAAAUGUUCACAACUAAAUCGAAUUCAUAGAAAAAUGUCAUCGAAUUCAUAGAAAAAUGUCAAAGUGGGACGCUUGUUACGCCUUCGAGAUUACAAAUUCGAAGCAGCUUGAAACUCCAUCAUCUGUAAAUAAAUUGCAACCCAUCAUAAGCGCACAGGAGCCUUUACACGAGGACGACACCAGCAGCGAUGAUGACGUCAGACAGCACAUGGAUAGAUUUCAUGCCCCAUCAAUAUUUCAAAUCUAUAAGGUACUAGAAAACAUCAGCCAAGGCUCCCCUGGAAGUGUGUACCUGGUCAAAAACCGCCAGGACAAACAGAAAUAUGCUCUUAAAAAGGUUGAAUGUCUGGAUGAAAGUGCAGCUGUUAAAGCAUUUUACGAGGAAAUGGAACUAAAAAAGCUGGACCACACAUACCUGCAGAAGUGCAAAGACUUUUUCAUUACCUACACGGAGCAGGAUUCAUCAGUUUUCAUCAAUAUCAUUUCUGAGUAUUAUGCAAAUGGUGAUUUAAAAAACUGGAUCAAAAAGUUCCAGAACAAUAAACAAAUAAUUCCAGAAAAGACAUUGUCCAAGAUUCUUGGUGAAGUUUUGAAUGGCCUUGUUUAUCUACACGACAAUGGAGUGAUACACAGGAACAUAAAGAGCAGCAACAUUUUCUUGAAUGAAAACAGCACAGCCGUGCUGGGAGACCUGGGCGUGUCCAGCCUAAUGGGGGACAUGAGGACCAACACUCGCCAGACUUUCAAGGGGGUUGCUUUCAUGGCGCCUGAGGUUGUCAGCCAACCCCAUGAUGAGAGGAGCGACCUGUUUUCACUGGGCGGCGUCCUCCUUAACAUGAUGACAACCUCCAUGUACUCUCAAGAUGAGUUCUAUAGAGUUCUAACAGACAUCAAACAAUCUCCCACCACACUCAAUGAGGUUCUGCUGAAAUUAUCUGAGAUUUACUCCAAAACUCUGGUGACCACAGUCCAGGUCUUGCUGCGCCACAAACAUAGUGCCCGCCCCAGCACGUUAGAAUUCAUCAAGUCUGGUUUUAUCCAGGAGUGUAUGGCAUUAGCAGACAGUCUACAAAUUGAUAAAAGAGCUCGCCAGAAAGAAACCAAGUCAACCAAGACAUAUUCUCUGAAUGAAGGGCAAAGUAUUGAGAAAGUUCUCGAGUACAUUGCUGACACCAUUGACCAUGAGAAGUGUGUAGCAGAAGGUCUAGCGGCCCUGGCCGAGCUAGUGAGAGAUGAGGAGACGGCCCACCAGCAGGUGGACCAGAAGGCCAGGAACCUCAUCUCCCUGGCCAUGUGGGACAACAUCUUCAACAGAGACGUCCAGAUAGCUGGCUGCUACGUCCUCAGCAAUCUGGCUGUCUAUGCUCAACCUGAUGAUAUUCUGUUUACACCACAUGUCAUUACCAUCAUUCAUAAGAUUAUGACGGCUUUUGAAUACGACCCUGAGGUUCAACAGGCCGCCGUUAACUUGAUCCUGGCAUUGUCAGCGGAUAAGGUCUCUUCACGAAUCAUUGUCCAACUGGGAGGGAUCCAAGACAUUCUAAUAGCCAUGAGACAUGCGCAGUAUCACGCAGCACUAAAUGCUGUUUGCUGUACAGCCCUGUGGAGCUUGACAGUAGAUGCUGAAAACUUGAAAGUUGCCGGCAAUGAAAAGGCAGUUAGAGAUGUGUGUAUUGCGCUGAGCAUUCACAAAGUUUCCCCCCAAGUCAGUGAAUCUGCUGCAGCUGCUCUCAUUUCUUUACUGCUGGAUGAUGGCUGCUAUGACCCAUUCAAUGAGCUGGACUGUGUGGGGAACCUGAUCUUUGCCAUCCAUCUUCACACCAACAAUGCUAGGGUAGUCAACAACAGCUGCAAGGUCCUGGCCAUGGUGGUACAAGCUAAUGAGGAAUGCGCAUUUCGGUUUUUGACAAGCGCUGACCCAGAUGAUGAUUCACCAACUGGCAUCCCAACAAUUCUCAAGGCUUAUCAUCUACACAAGGACAACGCUCUCGUAGUGGAAGCCAUCGUCAGGCUCAUUCUAGAACUCACUUCCUAUGAAGACAUCUGUUCAGAGCUACAGGGGUCUCAAAUAUCCAGUAACAUUCUACGUCAGAUUCACAAGAGGUAUAAGGAAAACAAGGACAUCAUGGCGCCAUGUGAAGAAGCCUUGGGCAGGCUGGGGACUGGCUUGAACGUCAGCAGGACCCAGAAGUCUUAGGUUCCAGCUCUACAGGUAGCACUUCCCAACCGGCCGUACCGGUUUGAGGGCGAGGUGCGGUCGAGCUGUCGGACAAUAUCACGCGGCUGGCCAGAUAGCAGCAGACAACAUCUAGGGGAGCGGACAGAGAGGGAUGAUGGGAAGGAGAAAACAUCCGGUCCAGAUCAGCUGCUCAAAGGCAAACAUAAGAAAAAACCAACAGAGAAAAGAUCAUCGUAGCUUCA